CUUCGAGAUGGUGAGACUUUGGAGGAGCUUAUGAAAUUGUCUCCAGAAGAGCUUCUGCUGAGAUGGGCCAACUUUCAUCUGGAAAACUCAGGCUGGCAAACGAUCAACAACUUCAGUGCUGACAUCAAGGACUCCAAAGCCUAUUUCCAUCUGCUCAACCAAAUUGCACCAAAAGGACAGAAGGAAGGUGAACCACGGAUAGAUAUUAACAUGUCAGGUUUCAAUGAAACAGAUGACUUGAAGAGAGCUGAAAGUAUGCUUCAACAAGCCGAUAAAUUGGGUUGCCGACAGUUUGUUACCCCUGCUGAUGUUGUCAGCGGAAACCCCAAACUGAACUUAGCUUUUGUAGCUAACCUCUUUAAUAAAUAUCCAGCACUUACUAAGCCUGAAAACCAGGACACUGACUGGACUCUACUAGAAGGUAAUGUAAAAGUUCUGUGACUUUAAUGUGCAGUCUGUAGCAUAAGAACCCAGAGGCCUAAAUGCUGCGAUGCC